UGGGAGCGGACGAAAGGCUUGUUAGUACCUGAGUUUUUUCUGGCCGCGCAGAUUUUGUCUUUGAUCGCUCCCUCUCCGCGGGCUUCCGUCCGCGCGCUCUCGGCCCCGGCGAUGGGGAGACGGAGACCGCUGUGUGUCCAGCCCUACUUCUUGUGGCUAGGCUGCGUGGCGCUCUGGGCGCAGGGCGCAGCCGGCCAGCCUCAGCCUCCUGCACCUAAGCCGCUUCGAACCCAGCCACCGCCGCAACAGGUCCGGCAGGCAGCUGCGGGUUCCGAAAGCGGGUUCGUGGCGCCCGAGUACCGGGAGGAGGGCACCGCAGCAGCUAGCCGCGUCCGCAGGCGAGGACAGCAAGACAUACUACGAGGGCCCAACGUGUGCGGCUCCAGGUUCCACUCCUAUUGCUGUCCCGGAUGGAAGACACUCCCUGGAGGAAACCAGUGUAUUGUCCCAAUUUGUAGAAAUAGCUGUGGAGAUGGAUUUUGUUCCCGCCCUAAUAUGUGUACUUGUUCCAGUGGCCAGAUAUCACCAACCUGUGGAGCAAAAUCAAUUCAGCAGUGCAGUGUGAGAUGCAUGAAUGGUGGGACCUGUACAGAUGACCACUGCCAGUGCCAGAAGGGAUAUAUUGGAACUUAUUGUGGCCAACCUGUCUGUGAAAAUGGAUGUCAGAAUGGUGGGCGUUGUAUCGGACCCAACCGCUGUGCUUGUGUUUAUGGAUUCACUGGUCCACAAUGCGAAAGAGAUUAUAGGACAGGUCCAUGUUUCACUCAGGUCAACAACCAGAUGUGCCAAGGGCAGCUGACAGGCAUUGUCUGCACGAAGACUCUGUGCUGUGCCACCAUUGGUCGGGCCUGGGGCCAUCCUUGUGAGAUGUGUCCAGCCCAGCCUCAACCCUGCCGAAGGGGCUUCAUCCCCAACAUCCGCACUGGAGCAUGCCAAGAUGUUGAUGAAUGCCAGGCCAUUCCAGGGAUAUGCCAGGGAGGAAACUGUAUCAACACAGUGGGCUCUUUUGAGUGCAGAUGUCCAGCUGGUCACAAGCAGAGUGAAACCACUCAGAAAUGUGAAG